CGUACAUCUUCCUCUUUGAAUCUUUCUUCCGCCGGCUAUUUCUUCUCUUCUUCUCUUUCGUCCAGUUACCCAGGCGUCACAAGUUUGCUACAAUUGUGAUUAUGACAUGGACGGCGAAAAGUGAAACCCUAAAUCCAUCUAUUGAAGUUUGUUGCCGAUUCAUUUUCCUUGCUCUUUUUUUCGGGAGUAGGCAUGCAACAAAGGAGAAAUUCUGAAGGUUGUCCGAAUCUUCAUCGAGAAUCAUGGUGGGUCAUGUGCGGCCCCCAAUGGUUCCCUACCCAACUAUCUGGUGAGUUUUCAUUCGAUGUUCACGUAUACCACGAGUUGAAAAAGAAGAGUAGCAAAAACUUCAUGAAGGAGAAAAAAACUGUAUUCUAUGACUAUGUCGACAUUGAUGAGUUGUCUCUCUUGGACUUGCCUGAGUUCUAUGAGAAGUGUAGUGGGAAGAUUAAAAAUCCAAGAUUCUAUUGGAAAGCUCCCUCCAGCGAGUCAAUGUUGGAGAUUUCUGACGAUGGUGACUUGCUGGACAUGGCUGCAACACCUAAUGAUCGUCCUCGAAUCAUUGGGCUGUUUUCCGUUGGAGCGUAUGAAGUGGAGGAUUUUUUAGUAGUGAUGUGGAUGAAGAUGCAGUCGGCUAUUCGACAAAAGAAACCUUAUUUUGUGGUGCUUCCGAUGAAGAUGAUGAGGACUACAAUGCAUACGAAGAAGAAGAUGAUGAUUAUUAUAGUGACUAUGAGGGUGAUUCUGAAAUGGCUAGCACUUAUCAUGAAAAUGAAGAUGUAGACACCACAUUUUGUCCGGGAUAAUUGUUUUAUUGAAAAUAAUUAUUCUAACAUCGUACUACGAUUAUAUUUAAAAGGGAAGUAGAAGAUAGUUUGGUUGAGACUAGCAGUUGCAAGUCAAUAUGAACCAACAAUUAUCAAAUUUGCUCCUAGUCGAUUCUAGGGCAUAGUUAGUUAAGAUAGGAUCAGUUUAAGUUAAGAUUAGCAGUGGCGAAUCUUAAAUAUAAAUUCUCAUUUAGA